CGAAGGGACGCGCGCUCGCUGGGGGGAGCUAGAACUCAGGUGCCCACGACACCAGGAUCUCAGUCUCGCCGUCGCAGCCGCCGUCGCUGCCUCACACCGAAAAACAGGGCACGGCCAUCUUCCUCUGGCUCCUCUCGCGAGAGCUCCCCCGGGAGUGAAGAGAGAGAAAACACCGCGAUAAGUGAGCCACCCGCUCCCUCCCUCGCACCUUCUAUUCCCAGAAUCACUAGGCGCCGGCGCCUCCGAGGCAGCGUGUUUCCGCCCAGAGCUGGAGUCUCCCAGCUGCCAGCCGACCCCGAACCCGCACUCCCGCCAACCGCGCUUUUUGUGGGCGGUCGGAAACCACAGCCUGCGUUGGAUAUGUUCGGUGCAUGUUAUAAACAACCACUUAAACCCUCCGGAUCUGAGCCUUCCGCAGAGGAAUGCAGAAUGACGCCACGGCACGCAGGAUGUGAUGUCACCGAGAUGCAGAGGAUACUCAGUCAACCAACAUUUACUGAGCAUCUACUUCGUGCCGUAUGUCUUGUCAAUGGAAAGGGGUCCCUAUCCAGACCCCAAGACAGCGUUCUUGGAUCUCUUGCAAGAAAGAAUUUGAGGCGAAUCCAUAGAGUAAGCAAGGCAAGUUACUUCUAUAUAGAAGGGUGCACCCUUACAGAUGAAACAAUGACGGACGUGCAUGACAUUUGGUGCCGUGACUCAGAUCGGGGGACCUCCCUCGGGAGAUCAAUCCGCUGUCCUCCUGCUCUUUGCUCUAUGAGAAAGAUCCACCUACGACCUCUGGUACUCAGACCAAAGAACAUCUCACCAAUUUUAAACUGGGUAAGUGGCCUCUUUUUACUUUCUUCUCCAACCUCUCUCACUAUCCCUAAACCUCUUUCUCCUUUAAAUCUUGGCACCAUCCUUCAAUCUCUCUCUUCUCUUAAUUUCAGUUCCUUUCCUUUUCUGGUAGAGACAGAGGAGAUGCGUUUUAUCCAUGAACCCAAAACUCCAGCGCCGGUCACGGACUCGGGAAGACAGUCUUCCCUUGGUGUUUAAUUACUGCGGGGAUGCCUGCUUGAUUAUUCACCCACAUUUCAGAGGUCUCUGAUCACUGGGGACACCUGCCUUGAUCCUUCACCCUUAGUGGCAAGCACACUUUCCUGGGGGGCAAGCACCCCCCACCCCUUCUCUCCG